AUUCUUUUUCGCGAAAGAAUUUCGUUUCGGGACUUACCUGAGAUACGGUUGCGCAUGCGCAGUUCACUUUUCCGGUUGCGUUUCACGCAGUGAAACACGUUUCGUAUAAUAUUAAAAGUUUUAUCGGUCGUAGAUCGAUAUAAGUUUAUCACUCGUUUUAUUUCGAAGUUUAUUCGAAUAACUAACUAUUUCUAUAUUGUGUGUGGACGUAGUUCACAUUUAUUGUGUUUUUUAUCGUUGUUGAGAGGCGAAUUUUCUCGAUCGCACGUGGUGUGAUCUUCGUAAAUUAUGGCGGAUGCCAAAGAAGCGAACAAAAAAGCUGCUGAAAGCAGCGGUUAUGAAAAAACAAAUAAAGGGAAAGCGCCGAAGAAAGCGUCAGAAAAGGUUCCCGAAAAAACUGCAAGUACAAGCUCGUCGAGUUUGGGCAAAACUUCUGAAGAUAAAAUUUUGUCUCUUCUGGAAAUUAUGAAAAGUUCGUUUGAUCGCCAAAUGCAGGAACAAAAUACAAAAAUUAACAGUUUAGCAAGUAAAGUUGACGAUUAUGAACAAUAUUAUGAAGAGUAUGAUUAUGAUGAUGAUUAUGAGUCUGUGGACAAUUUCCAUCAGGAUGAUGAUCAACCUGAGCAGAGUAAGAGAAAAAAAUGAUGAUGAGAAUAAUAAUAGUAGAUUUAAGAAUAUGGCAAAGCGUUUUAAGACCACAGAAACUUGUGAUUCGAAAGUUGAUUCUGUGUUAGCGUCAACUGUAAAUGACUUAUUUCUAAAUGGACUUGAUGAGGAUCAUUAUAAUAAAUUGACAAAAGAUGAACUCAAUGCUAGGCCUGAAAACUGUGAGGCUUUAUCUGUGGUAAAAAUGAACCAGUUAAUAUGGGACGCGGUUUCCCCGAAUGCUAGAACGUCUGAUAGGAAACUUCAAUACAUUGAAGAGUCGGUAAUUAAAAGUGGUACACUCUUAGUUAAAGUAGUCAAUGAGUUGGACAAAUUAGAUUCGGAGAAUGAUGGGAAGCUUGGUCCGUUGAUAGAGCAGUGUAAUGAUGUCCUGGCUUUGUUGGGUCAUGCGAAUAAGCAAAUUAAUAUGACCAGGAAAGACUUUCUUAGACCUGAAAUGAGUAAGGAAUACACUCAUCUUUGUAGUCAAUCUAGACCUUUUACAAAAUUCUUAUUUGGGGACGAUGUCUCCAAGUCGGCUAAGGAGAUUGAGGACUGUUCCAAGAUCAGUAAUAAGAUGUUUGAUCGUAGACCUUUUCGAGGAGGUCCUGCCCGCCGAAUGUUGAAUAGAGGAUUUCGUUUCCGAGGCGGUUAUGGCCGAGGUAUGAGACCGAGGGGCCGAGGUUUGUCGGAUCCAAAUGUUGGUACAUCUACCGAUUCAAAAAACUACCAGAGACGGGGGUCUCGGCUGCCAUUCAAGCAGUAGAGCAGUCUGUUAGGAAGAUGCGUGCAGAAAAUGAGAAGAGAUAUGGCCAAGGGCAUCAUCAUAGCUCCACUUUGGACAACUCAACCUUGGUUUCCAAGGCUUAUGGACAUAUUGGUAGACACGCCAGUUAUUAUUCAAAAGAAGAAAGGUUUGCUGAAAUUACCGCUUCAACAAAUGUCUCAUCCUCUCGAAGGCAGACUCGGGUUGAUAGUUUGCAAAGUGUCAGGGAUAGUUUCAGAAAACGUGGAUUUUCAGAGGACUCUACCAGAAUAUUCAUGUUGUCAUGGAAAUCAGGUACUAAAAAACAGUAUAAUACACACAUUACCAGGUGGUUUCGCUACUGUACUGAAAGGAAGAUUACUCCAGUUUCGCCAACUUUGGAGGAAGUAGUUGAAUUUUUAACAAAUCAGUUUAACAAAGGUCUGGGUUAUGAAAGUCUUAAUACAGCUCGUGGUGCUCUAUCUGCUUUUGGAAUUCAAUUUGAAGGAUUUCGGAUUGGAAAUCAUCCUUUAAUAAUAAGAUUCAUGAAAGGUGUAUUUGCAGCCAGACCAACAAAAUCACGUUAUACUGAAGUUUGGGAUGUGAAUAAAGUUUUAAUUUAUUUGAAAAAGCUUUCACCAGUAAGACAUCUUUCACUGAAAAAUCUCACAUUGAAGCUGGUGAUGCUCAUGGCCCUAACUCAAGCUGCACGUGUACAGACAUUACAAUUAAUUAGUUAUACUGAUUAUAAGAAGUUAAAAUCAGAGUUUGUGUUUAAAUUUGAUGGGCUGCUGAAGCACAACAGACCAAACCAUAACAUUAAUUUUAUUUCAUUUAAGGCUUAUCCUCCAGAUAGGAGACUUUGUAUAUAUACAGUGCUGAAGGAGUAUUUGGCGCGUACAAGUAAUGUUAGAAUUGACAAUAAUGCUAAGAAAUUGUUAUUAAGUUAUGUUAAACCAUAUAAAAAUGUUACAAAAGACACGAUUUCUAGAUGGAUUAAAACUGUUAUGUAUAGAUCUGGAAUAAACAUUGCGAAAUAUGGUUCUCAUAGUGUGAGAGCAGCAGCAGCAUCCAAGGCAAAGAAUUCUGGAGUGCCUGUUGCUGUAAUAUUAGAGAAAGCUGGCUGGUCGUCAGAAAGCACAUUUGCUAAAUUCUAUGAUAAGGCAAUAAACACGGGGAGAGACCCAUUUCAAGAAGGUGUUUUGAGGCACUAGGACUAGGUGUUUUUUUCGCAUUAGGCUUUAAUGUCUCAGGUAAGUCCCGAAACGAAAUUCUUUCGAGAAAA